CGCUGAAAAAAUAAAUAAUUUUAAACGUGUAUUUACAAUUACGUUUAAAAAAUACUUCAUAUUUUCAAUUAUUAUACGAAAAAAAAUGAUAACGUGUCCUUGUUCAUAUUUUUGCACUGGCAUCUCACACGAUUCGUUUUCGAUCACGGACCAGCGACAUUUUCGUCGGCUGGUGAAUUUUACCGAUAAACGUACAUAAAAGACGGUGAGAAUGUUGGGUCGUGUCGCUCCCGGUGUGUGCGGCCAGGCGGUGGCGGUGGUCAACCACCAGCAAAACAGGAACAUGGCCACCUUGAAGGCUAUCUCUAUCCGUCUGAAGUCGGUGAAAAAUAUCCAGAAAAUCACUCAGUCCAUGAAGAUGGUGUCCGCUGCGAAGUACACUCGUGCUGAGCGUGAGCUGAAAGCCGCUCGUCCUUAUGGCGAGGGAGCCGUGCAGUUCUAUGAACGAGCUGAGGUGGCAGCUCCCGAGGACGACAAGAAAGAAUUGUACAUUGCUAUGACCUCUGACAGAGGUCUGUGCGGCGCGGUGCACACCGGCGUGUCCAAGGUGAUCCGCAACCGCCUCAGCGAGCCCGGCGCCGAGAACAUCAAGGUCAUCUGCGUCGGCGACAAGUCGCGCGGCAUCCUGCAGCGCCUCUACGGGAAGCACAUCAUCAGCGUCGCCAACGAGAUCGGCCGCCUGCCGCCCACGUUCCAGGACGCGGCCAAGCUGGCCGCCGCCGUGCUCACGUCCGGCUACGAGUUCGCGUCCGGCAAGAUCAUCUACAACAAGUUCAAGUCCGUGGUCUCGUACGCGCAGUCCGACCUGCCGCUGUACAGCCAGAAGGCCGUGGAGUCCGCGCCCAAACUCGCCAUCUACGACUCGCUCGACGCCGACGUCAUCCAGUCCUACAUGGAGUUCUCGCUCGCCUCCAUGCUGUUCUACGCCAUGAAGGAGGGCGCCUGCUCCGAACAGUCCUCGCGCAUGACGGCCAUGGACAACGCGUCCAAGAACGCUGGCGAGAUGAUCGACAAGCUCACGCUCACCUUCAACCGCACGCGCCAGGCCGUCAUCACCCGGGAACUCAUCGAGAUCAUCUCCGGCGCCGCCGCGCUGGACUAGACCACUCUCGCCAGACUCACUGCCAGCGGCGCCGGAUGUGAGACACCCCCCACGCGUCCGGCGCCGCUGUCUGUGUCGCGUAGUACCGACCUCCCCUCCCCUCCCCCUCCUGCUCCCGCGCCGGUCGUCGCGCUCCCCCCACACUGGCUCCCUCCACCCAGGCCGGCGCGGGCGCUGCACUGCCUCGUUGUGUAAGGAUACAGUGGCUGGCAUUUAGCAAUAAAUUGUCAAUAUGUAUACUC